AUGACGGGGACUGGGCUCCGACCCGGGCCGGGAAGGUGGAGAAACCCACAGUCUCGCCAGUGGUCCGCUCAGUUAACUGUGGCAUUUGAUGAUGUGGCCUUAUACUUUUCGGAGCCAGAGUGGGACAUCCUGGAAAAGUGGCAGAAGGAGCUGUAUCAGCAAGAAAUGAAGACCAAUUAUGAGACCCUUGAUUCCCUGGGCUGUGUUUUUUCAAAGCCCAAUUUGAUCACCUGGAUGGAACAAGGAAGAAUGCUGUUCAUCAGAGACCAAGGGCGCUUAGAAAAAACACGAGUGACACUUAGCCCUUCUGCGGGCCAGCAGUCAGACUUGAAUACUGGCACGUCACCAUGUGUUGGUGACCGAGGAACUCCUGGAGCAAAAGAAGGGGAAUGCCAUUUAAAUGAUCUCCAGGAGCAGGGCUCAUGUGCUCCCUCAUCCAAGAAGGAAAGAAAGAUUUUAUCAGAUCAAAGAGCCUCCUUACAACAUCCAAGUCUCCAAGAAACAGAGAUGCUAAAUAAAAACCUUGACGCCACAGCAUCUAAUCAGGACCAGAAUGAUCCAUGGCCUAAGCUGACCAGAGCCCCAGGUCACCUGGAAAUUGCACCAGGGCCGAGACUUUAUUCAUGCUUCGUCUGUGGGAAGGUCUUCCAGAUAAAGAGAGACUUGGUAAAGCACAAAAGGAACCACUCUAAGAGCCAGCCCUGUAAAGAUCCGAAGCAGGAGACCAAGUCCCAAGGGAACGCUGAGCUCGGGAUGGACCCAGCGAUCCUGUGUAAGCAGCAGCAUUUCCAGGGUGGCAGGUGCAAGGAGAGCUGUUUUCUCAAGCGCAGCCUGGUCACUCGCCAGACUGUUGACAUGGGGCAGCGGCCCUUCCAGUGCCCCAAGUGUGACAAGGCCUUCCAGGACAGAGCCACAGGGGAGAGACCGUUUUCCUGCGAGGAGUGUGGCCAGGGUUCCAUCCAGCCGGGCCGGCUCGCCGAUCCCCUCGGGGUGCACAGCGGGAGGAGGCCCUUCCAGGAUCCGCAGUGCGGCCAAAGCUUCUCCCGGCCGGCGGGCGUGCGGGCCCACGAGCGGACGCGCAUCGCGCAGCAGCCGUUCUCUUGUGACCAGUGCGGGAGGAGGUUCUUCCACAAGGCCAGGCUCACCGAACACGUCAGGGUGCAUACGGGGGAGAAGCCCUUCCAGUGUCCCGAGUGCCAGAAAAGCUUCCGCCUCAACAGGAGCCUGAAGGCGCAUCGCUUCCAGCACAGCGGGCAGAAGCCCUUUGGGUGCCCGGAGUGCGAGCGGCGCUUCUGCUGGCGGAACGCCCUGCGGGCGCAUCAGCGGCUGCACGGCCAGGAGAAGCCGUUCUCCUGCGGGGACUGCGGCCGGAGCUUCACCCGGCCCUCCAAGCUCGCGCGCCAUCGGCGGGUGCACGACAGGCAGGAGUUCGCCUGCGACCAGUGCGCGGGGACCUUCGCGCGGCCAGCCCGGCGGCGGCACCGGGGCGAGCUGCCGUUCGCGUGCGGGGAGUGCGGCAAGGCCUUCGCCCAGCCGUCCCAGCUCACCGAGCACGCCAGGAUCCACAGCGGGGAGAGACCUUUCCCGUGUCCCGAGUGCGACAGGCGUUUCCGCCUCAAAGGCAGCCUGAAGAGCCACCUGCUCCAGCACCGUGGCGACAAGCCCUUCUCCUGCGCCAAGUGCGGCAAAAGCUUCACGCAGCAGUACCGGCUCAGGGAGCACGCCCGCGUCCACAGCGGCGAGAAGCCCUGCCGCUGCCCCGAGUGCGGCAAGAGUUUCCGCCUGAAGGGCAUCCUCAAGGCGCACCAGCGCACGCACAGCCGGGAGCGGCCCUUCCAGUGCGGGGAAUGCGGCAAGGGCUUCACGCGGCCGUCCAAGCUGGCCGAGCACUUCCGCGUGCACAGCGGCGAGAGGCCUUUCGGCUGCCCCGACUGCGGCCGCCGCUUCCGCCUCAAGGGGCAGCUGCGGAGCCACCAGCGCCUGCAUACAGGCGAGCGGCCCUUCCCGUGCCCCGACUGCGGCAAGCGCUACCGCGUGAAGGCCGACAUGAAGGCGCACCGCCUGCUGCACGGCGGCCAGAUGCCGUUCUCCUGCGAAUGCGGCAAAGGCUUCGCCAAGCAGUCCAAACUCGUGGAGCACGUCCGGACGCACACGGGCGAGAAGCCUUUCCAGUGCCCCAAAUGCGACAAGAGUUUCCGCCUGAAGGCACAGCUGCUCAGCCACCAAGGCCUGCACACCGGGGAGAGGCCUUUCCGCUGCCCCGAGUGCGGUAAAAGCUUCCGGGAAAGGGGACACAUGCUGCGGCACCAGCGCAUCCACAGGCCCGAGAGGCCGUUCUCCUGCGCAGACUGUGGCAAGGGCUUCAUUUACAAGUCGAAACUUGCCGAACACAUCAGAGUGCAUACAAAAUCCUGUCGCACCCCUAGUGAGCCUGACGUUAAGAAAAGGCUCAGCCAACUGUUUGCAAUGAUCGAGGCUGACUGGAGUUGAGGCAGAGCACGGCAUCCAGAGUUUUAAGUGGAGUUGAUGUUGUCCGGUAAUCCACAGCCGCCGCAGCCAACAGCGAAAUCUGGUAGACGAGUUUUAGAAACGGGCCCUUUUUGGAGCAAGAACGUAGUACAGGUUAGAAAUACGAGAAAACACAAAGGCUUCUCUCGUUUAAAACACCACCAGUUAUAUUUCCUAUCCAUUGAUAAAAAGAGGUAUUUGUUCUUCCUUAAGGAAGAACAACCUAAGAGGAAAUUUUCCCCCUGAUGCUAAGCUAACUGAAUUCCCAGCUUGAAUUUCGGCAGCAGGAGAUCCCUCCAGUACUGUUCUCAAAACUAAAAGUGUGGGGUGACUGUUAAAUGUCCAUUCUACUUUUCUUCUUUUCAUAAUAUAAACUGGGGGUUUGACCUAGAGAAUUUUGUUGCAGCCCUGGUAUAAUGUUGGAUCUGGUUUUGACAUUUAUCUUGAAGUUGACAGCAAUAAAAUGAGUUCUUGAAUCAUG